AGAUUUAAUUUGCAUUUAUUUAUAUAUUUGUAUUUUAAUGUUAAACAGGAAAAAGUGUCCAAACACAGAAAAACUCCUGGUGAAGCAGCUGAGAUUCACGUGACACAUUAUUAUAAAGAUGGCAUUUAUUAAAGAGGAGAAUGAAGACAUGAAGAUUGAAGAAACAUUCAGAGUCAAAGAAGAAGAAACUGAGGAACAAACAGAUCUAAUAGUACUGAAAGAGGAGAAAGAAGUACUUGAUGAGAUUGAAGAGGAAGAACAAAAUGAGAAUCUUCAAAAGACAGGAACUAAAUGUUAUUUCUCAAGUUUUCCAUUUGGAAAGAGUUUCAGUCAACAAGGAAACCUCAAAGUCCACAUGAGAAUUCACACUGGAAAAAAUCCUUUCACCUGCCAACAGUGUGGCACUGAAAAAGGAAAAGGAACCCUUAACAGGCACAUGCAAAUUCACACUAGGGAGAAGCCUUUUUCCUGCCAACAAUGUGGAAAAACUUCACUCAUAAAAUAG